AUGCUGUUUCAGCGAAUGUGGCAGCGAGGAGUGGGAUGGGACGAUGAGCUGCCAGAUGACUUGCGUAAAGAAUGGAUGGCGUGGUGCACCGAAUUGAGAGAUCUAAGGUUAGUCACGACACCGAGAUGUCUCUUGUGGAUGGAUGGGGAACUGAAUUCUUUGCAACUACAAGUAUUCACCGACGCCAGUCCUAGCGCAUACGGGGCCUGUGCAUACUUGCGCGUCGUCAACAACACAGGAGAUGUUAUCUUGACUUUAAUUAUCGCUAAAGUCAGAGUUGCUCUUCUCAAGACGCUGUCCCUGCCGCGUCUCGAAUUGAUGGGAGCACUAUUGGGAGCACGACUUAAUGUAUCAUUGCGAACAAACGUAUUUGACACUGGCAUCGAAGUAUGGCACUGGAAGGACGCCAUGAUAACGCUGGGUUCGAUCAGGGGAUCUUCGACAGGUUGGAAACCAUUCCUAUGCAACCGGGUAACGGAAAUCCAAGCCAAGAGUGAUCCCUCCAGCUGGUACCACUGUCCUGGUAGCAUGAAUCCAGCUGACCUGAUGACUAGAGGAAAAACCGUGAGGCAGCUCAGUGUUUACGAUGAAUGGUGGUUCGGUCCCGAUUGGCUUAGGCGUGACCUGGUAGACUGGCCUCCUGCGGCGUCUCCAGCCAAUGAUCUGCCCAGCGAUAUCGAAGCGGAAAGACGACAUAAAGUGAAUGUGUUGCUCCACGAUGCAAGUGUACCUUACCCGCUUCUGACUUUGGAGAACUUUGGAAGCUACACGAGGAUGCUGCGGGUCACGGCUUGGGUCCUGUGCUUCGUCCAAAAUUGUCGACUACCGAGAGGGUCAACGGAGCUCUCCUUGUCGGCAGCGGAAAUUCGAAACGCAGAGCUCUUGUGGAUAAGAAAUGCUCAGCAUGAAUGCUUUGACGCUGAGAUUCGUUCCCUCUCCCAAAGUGAAGAAAUCUCGGCAAGAUCAAAGAUAAAGGAUCUACAACCUUUCAGUGACGAGGCUGGCGUUAUGCGGAUCCGCGGCCGACUACAUCACGCAUUACUUCCGGAGGGUGCUAGUCAUCCCAUUAUUCUACCGAAAGAUCAUGACCUGAGUAAGCUAGUAGCCGCUUCAGCCCAUCAGCGCACCUUGCGUGGAGGCGUUCAGGUGACGAUGACGGAGUUACGUCAGAGGGUUUAG